AUGAGUGGCAUGAGACUUCGCAACAGCGUCCGCGCGCCAGCGCGAUAUGGCGAAUUCGAUGAAGAACCACGGCGCAGCUCACUGCGGAACACAAACGAUGAUUCCUUUGACGAUUCAAUGGAACUCGACGAGUCAGGUCGGCCGCGUUCACUGAACAAGAGGCCUAUGCCAAUCACUGUGCCGUUCAACCCCAACCUGCCACCGGCGGCAUUCCCAACCUUGGACAAUCCGGGGCCAAAUCGUGGCUCUACCUCCAGCGCCCUCAGGCCAUCCAGACAGAACCGAGCAGUCAACGAGAGCCAAAAUGACAGCCGCGCCGGUCCACGUUCUCCCGGCACUGAUGAGGGAAUACUGGUCGAUGCGGUGGCGCCCACAGUGAUGAAUGAAGCCUUGUUGAGCCAGAUAGAAGAUCAUGUUGCCAGUAACAACAUGGACAAUCCGGUGUACGCGAGGAACAUGAACAUGGCGCAAACGACUCGCGCAAAUAUUGAGGGUACAGAGGGCAUGGAGACUUCUGACAGUGAUAGUGAUGAGUCAACGUUUGCGCCAGAUGUGACGCAGGCGCUCCUAGACAAGAUCCCCAACCCAGAAUGGGAAGAUCUGCACCGGGCUAUGCAAGUCGAGAUCAUUGAGAACGCAAUGAAGCACUAUGACUGGCGACAAAUCUGCAACAUGCUUGGCCUUGGACCGGACGAGCGAACGGAGUUCAUGCAAAACUUGGACACUCGCAACAGGCAGAUCGAACGCGAGAACAAAAAGCUGGAGAUAAUGCGACGGAAACAGCGUAGUGCGCUCAUGAGGAUUGACAACAGCGACUUGAGGCUUUUCGACCCGCCGCCUCAAUUGGUGUUGAAAAGGAUCACUCGAGAGAAUAUGCGUGGCAUGAUAGCCACCAAAUACACAGACCUGUUGUUGUGCCAAACCCAUGAAUUUCUCAAAGCUAGACAGUUCCUGAAGCAGCAUGGCCUUCCUCGAGAGUAUGCUGGCGACUGGGGUGAUAGUCUGGUGGUCCUGCGAGAUUCCGUGGCAGACUCCUCGGAACACGACAAGUUUGAGUGGAGAGAACAUGUUCGUUUCAGUCCGCCUCCAGAGGAAAUUGAGAACCCCAUGGUGCCCACCCAUGAUCCAAUCACCAAUGCCAGGAGCACAUUCAUUCGGAGCGCUGGUUUAGCCGGUACAGUUAACCCACGGGAUUUAGUACGACCCAGCGGCGACCCGGAGCCCAUUCUUGACUGGAAGAAGCAUUUCCCUCGGGACCGAAACUCAUGGGUAACACAAUGGCCUCGACGAGGUGGAAUGGUCAAACUCAAGAUUGGCCCAGAGAAAGCGGCGCAGAUCCAAGAUCGGGAGGAUACCCUCGAGGCAUACGGAUACGUUCCUCCUCGCUGGGACGUCUACAAAACGCAGGCAAUGCAGGGCUUCCCACCAUCAUCUCCAGCAGAAAGUCCAAGUCCCGUGGAGACACCGUCCAAGCCAUCACGCAAUACUCGCCCCGGCCAGCCCUUGCUUAUUCCACCUGCCGGACCCAUCAGCCGAGUCCUCCCCCAUCAUUCAGAGAGCCAAGCAAAGUAUGUGCAGAAUAUCCAGAAGGUACAGGUGGAAAGAUUGGAGGCUGUGGCACAGGCCAUGCGCGGGCAGGACACCCUCCAGCCGCCUCGCCGAGCUGAUAAGGGCGUCGGUGUUGGAAUGAGAGCCGUAAGUGCAAUCAUUCCUCCACAUCUUGGAGCCCACUCGAUCGAGAAUCUAAACCCAUCUCCAGGGUUCUUCGGCCAAGCAAAUCGAGGAUUGAGAAUGGGAAAUAUUGAUGAUGAUCUGAAACAAUUUAUCUACUCUAGCCCAGUUACGGAGCACGAGGAAGAAGCUGCUGAACAGCCCAACGAGUAG